AUUUCUUAGUCUCCACUCGAUACUGUACUCGUCAGAGUCUGCGCCACUCUCUCUCUCUAUAGAACAGUCUCUCGGCGAGGCGGGGCCAUCGCAUCCUCCUCUGAAGUUCUAGGGUUAGGGUUUUGGAUAGGGCGUUUAAAAUUUUUGUUUUUGUGGUCUGAGUAGCGGAAGCUGGGACCCAAAUUCAUCUGACGAUGCAGCAGUCACCGCAGAUGACCAACAUUCCGCCUUCGUUCGCUCAGCAGGCCAUCACUACCGAGCAGAUUCAGAAGUUACUGGACGAGAACAAAAGGCUGAUUCUAGCUAUACUGGAAAGUCAGAACGUAGGAAAAUUUUCAGAGUGUACCAUGUAUCAAAGCCAGCUUCAGAAGAACCUAAUGUAUCUUGCAGCAAUUGCUGAUGCACAACCACCCACAUCGAUGCCCCCUUCUCAGAUGCCCCUGCAUUCUUCUGCUACACAACAAGGGCAUAGCAUGCAGCAUCCUACACCUGCACCACCUUCACAGCAAGCAGGUGGCUUCCCUCCAAAGUCACCAUUCCAGUUUAAUGCUGUGCCUCAGAUUCGAGAUCAGCAGCACCUACCCCAGUUCCAGCAACAGUCGCCCCUUCAAGGGCUCAUGGGCAUGAGACCCGGUGCCGUGAAUGCGAUGCAACAGGCCAUGCUAACUGGACCUGGCAGUUCAGGGAAAUUCAUGGAUGCUCGAGGAAGCAAGCAAGAUGGCUCGGAGGCUGGUUCAGUUGAUGGACAGGGGAGGUUGAGUUUUGGACCGUAAAUUUCAGGUAUUGCUAACUCGUUGAUUCCUCGAGGCGUUUAUAGUGAGUAGGAUUUAUUGAACACUGAUAAACUGCUAACUUGAUACCUGUGAACAGUCAGUCAAGUAACAUCCUUCUCCUUUCUCACUGUAGUGUAGGUGUUGGAAUGAUAGGCCCUCCUGGGAUGAUCUUUUUCAUCAAUUAAAAGAAUUGGAAUAGGCAUUGCUGAUUAUAGAGAAUACCAUUUUUGUUUUCCCUUUCCAACCUUUUCGUUUUGGCAUUUAAAUUUUGUAAGCGACCUGUGGAUGCAUAUCAUAUUUAUAAGAAAAAUUCUUACUGAAUUUGUCCUUUAA